CGCUCGAGCAGCGGAUGCUUGGAUUCGGCCACCUCCGCCGAGGUCCGAAACAUCAGAAGUUGAAAAGGGGUUAGAAGUCACCGCCCGCCCGCGCUCCUCAGCAUGGGCAGCUACCUGGGCAAAGCAGGGUCCUCGCCGCGGUCCUCAGCACAGGGGCGCGCAGACCCACGGGAGAAGCCUGCGACCCGCCAACCCACUAGGCCCCUCUACCAGGUUCACCGUGUGCAGCAUGUCCACCGCGCCCAGCCUGUCCGGAGACACAGGCCGGCCCGGAGGCCACCAAACUGGGAUCCCGCCAACCCUGCCGCUUUCGUCAGUGAGGCCUGGAGGCGCUUUCCCAUGAAGAGUCCACAGAACCCCAUUAUGGGCUCUCUUCCUUCAGACUGGUGGGAAAGUUACCUGAAGCGUAAUAUUUGGUCCCUUCGUCACCCUCGAGCCACAUGGAGUCCGGUGACAGUCAAGAUCUCGCCUCCUGAGCGGAGACCACGGCCCUUGUUCCCAGCCUCAAGAGUGGUGAACUCCGCGGGACCUUCAGAGGAGCCACCAGGCCCCUGUGGAAAGGAACAGGUGCUGAGGGCCCUCCUCGAGUGCAGGAAGGGUGGAGCCAGGUGGGAAGAGCCUCUGUUCCCUGAUAGCUCUGACACUCAAAGGAAGUCAGCCACCUUAUGGUCUGCCUUUAAGCCCCUGUUGAAAAGUGGGGCCACUGUUUCGUUUGUGGCCAGGCCUGGGUCUCUGAAAAGGAGCCUCCAUGCCCAGAGCUCAGAUCCUAAAUGUAAGAGGUCCAGUUACUCCUCUGUGGCCCUCUUGGCCAGCAUACAUACCAGAGGCCCCCUGAGCACGAAAAGAAAUGCUAUUACCAGCUCCUAUAGUUCUUCUAGAGAUCUCUCAGAAUCUUGGAAAAGACAUUUUUCCAGGUCAUCAGUCCAGACUCCAGAAUGGCCAUUGAAAAAGACAGGAAAAAGUCCUAAUUCUCACCUCUUAGUCACGCCCAGCAGCUCUGGACAGAUAAAUGGAAAGAUUCCUCUACUGCAAUCUGGUCCUAGGCACCUUUUGACUAUGCCUUGCCAGCAAGGUCCUGUUGUCACUGAAGAGGACCCAACAUCAGAGGGGCAAGCUGUGCCAAGCAACCAAACCACAGAAGCUACAACUGGGACAGCCACAGACUCCAUUCCAGAGAUCAGGGCUGGUUUUCAGCCUCCCUUGUCUCUCAAUCGGCCUUCUGAGACAGUUCUUAAUACGUGCGUGAACCCUCAGCUGGAAAGCUUAAAGAAUAUGCCUGCCCCACAUGGGUGCUCACUGUUAGAGCACAUUCCAAGCAUCUCUUCAGACUCAAAACCCUCAAUUGCUUCCAUCCAGGCAUUACCAAGCUCUCCCACAACACCAGUCACUGAUUCCACCUGGCUUUCUUCAGUCCCUCAGGCUCACAGGUCUGCUGUGUCCCCACACUCAUCUGUCAUUAUCCCCACAGCACCCACCACACAAAGCACUUUGGUUGGGGUGGUGAGUAGUCCAGUUCUCCAUCUUCCUGCAUCUGUACUUCCUGUGGAGACUUCUGCUCACUCGGCAUUAAGACCGAUAUGGGGGUCUGUGCACAAUACUAAGGUUAGAACUGCCUCAUACUCCAGAAUUUCUGUCAUGGCUGAGGCAUCUUCAAGCUCUUCUUUCUCCACAACUCCAGGUAUCUUAAGGCCCACCUUCAAGCCUAUCUUUGGCAGUAUAGAACCGCUUAAAACUAUGUCCAAGACAGCCCCUGUGUCUACCCAGCAGCCUUCUCUUUCACUGAGUUCUGGUUCUACCCAUCUUUUCCACAGCCUAGCCACCACAGUCCCCUGUAUGGUUACAUCUGCCAUUCCAGCCAGCACAUCCAAAGAUCCUGGUGUGGAUUUGAACAUAGUAACCAGCACCAUGGGCAACUCUUGCUCUGUCCCUUCUUGCGACACUUGCCUACUUGGAGCUUCCCAGGACUUUCCCUCAGCCACUGAUUUAAUUUUCCCUUCCAAACACCCCACGAUUCCCACUGUACACACGGUCACUCUCUUUAGCCAGGUUCUUACUAGUGCCAUCAAGAUAUCCCCUCUCAGAGGCACUGAUAAACCGAGGAGGGUGAGCAGCCCUCUGGCAACUUUGGACACAUCCACAAACCAGUCUCCAGUGACCUCAAGCAUCUCCAAUGUGACUUCAGCACUCACAGCAUCUUUGGGGUCAAGCCCGAAGCCACCUUUUCUACCAUUCCAAAGAAGUACUUGUCAACCUUCACCUGGGGCCAUAGAUGGGCUAAAGCAAACUUCUCUCCAACUAGCUCCUGCCAAAAGCUUCUGUACCUCUUUCCUUUCAGAGAACUCAGGUGUGUCCCCAACCCAGAUGUUGCCACCUGCUCAAUUGGUCCUUAGCAAGACCACCUGGCCAGCUUGUGGGGGGCUGACAUCUUCAACUCCCAUUAUCCGCACUCCUACCAUCAGCCAACCAGGUUUGGGCGGCAAUCCGGCUGGGUCCCCACCCAGCAAAGCUAGUUCAAUUGCCCUUAGGGUUGUCAGGCAGAACCACCAGAGUGGGACCUACAGUUCAGUAUUUGGUAGCACAGCCCCAAGACCUUUUGCUUUUGGAGGAUUAGUGACCUCUAUGGAUUGUGGAGAGCCUGAGGUCAUUGUGACUGCCCCACCAAGGAGCACUUCUGGAGCAAGACAGAGUAUGACCCCAAGCACCCUAGCUCCCUUUGUGCAAUGCUGGAACUGGAGCAUGCAGGGCCCUCCUAACCAGAUCACACCUUUGGCUAGCAUUCCUGCAAGAAAGAUCAUGUCUGGGGCCCCCCUCCCUGGUUCCCUUUGCUUAGAGUACCCCUGUACCUGGAGUAAUUAAGGCAGGGAGCAGUCUUGGCUUUGUGUUGUCCUCUUCCAACUGUGCAAGGUACUGUGGGGAGAGAUCCUUUCAGAUCUCUAAAUCACUAGAACCUACAUUCUGUAUUGGUACAAAAGCAAAAACCCUAAGGAAUUGGGAGCCAGGGCACUCUUGAAAACAUCACAAGAAAUAGUCCAUCCUUUCUGUCGCACUGCAGCAAAGAGCCUUGAUCUCUUCCAACUCUCUGUAACAGACAUAUCCAAGACCCAAAGUGAAAACUGUAGGUGUUCCCUCCAUGUGUCAUAAGUUUUCCAAGAGGGUAGACCACCAAUAUGUUAUCACAUUGGCAGAGAAUGGGGCUGCAUGAGACUAAAGCCACUGGAGCAGAGUAGAAACUUGAUGCCUCCCACUUCUUUCUAUGAGCUCCACAAGGGCAUAGCCUCCCAUUUGAGGAAUGGGCAUGGCAGAAAGAAAACAAGCAUCUUUGGGGGGAGAUAGGUUGAUUCUACAUCUUAGCCUCUCUGUAUUUGGGCUGUAAGAAGUGCUUGCCUGUCUUUAAUCCUACAGAGACACCAAGUUCUCAAUGCUUGUUCCUCCAGGGUUUCCUGGGAGUGUUUGGGUGUGGUCUGAUCUGGUUCAGCCUAUUCUUGGUUAUCUCUGAGGAUUUCCUUGUGUGUUGUUCUUUGCCCCACCUUCUCUAUAAAGUUGCUCCAGUUUUUUUCUCAAAGAAUUGGUGGCUUAGCUCGACUAAGGAAGAUCAAGCCUGUCAGACCUGACAGUACAGGAAGAGGAGGCUCUUGGCUAUUUCCCUUCAGGAUCAAAGCAGGCCAAUCCCUCUUUUCUAUCUACUAGCUUCUCCACUUGGCUUUCAUGGAGACUUAACUCUUCACUCUGUUAGUUUCGGGUGUGUGUGGUGUUGGGUGGGAGGAAGAACGACCUAUAGGAGUGGUAUGACGUUUGGCAAAGCCAAAUUUCAGUUGCACCUGUAACUUGACUGAUGGAACCAAAUAGCACUGCUUCAGGCUGCAAGGCUGACUCAUCCUAAGUGCACAGCUGCAGUGUGACCUUAAAGGAUGGAUUCUCAGGGUUGGAUUCUCAGGGGAGAAAAACAGCCAGGAUGCUGAAGCCUUCUUUCCUGUCCUACACCAUAGACUAUGCUAGGAACUGCAAAUGCCCAAGUAGGGAAACCAAAACUUACAUUUUAUUUUUAUUUUCUUUUUAUUGGUGCUUCAUCAAAUUAACACUUUCUAUAGUCACAUCUUUCUCUGAGAGGGUCAGCAGGGCACGAAACCCUUAGACCAAGCAACAAAGCAUGGAAAGGUGAAAACAGGCAUCUAAGCUGACUCCAACUCUCAAGCCAGUAGGAAGUGCAUUAAUAAGCUGAAUAGCUUCCUUAGCUCUUCUUAGCACCCCACACACUAAGGCAUACAUACUUUUUGGGGCACAUUUAUUAAAUAUUUUUAUUUUUAUGGACACCUUGGAGAAAAUCUAAUUGAAAAAGUAAUUGACCUUAAAUUGAAUGAUAAAAUAAAAAUAUGUUGUUGAAAAAA